AAACUUAAUUCACGGAUUGUUUGCUAAUUAAUUCUGUUUUGUCUCUAAUAAUAACCGUUUGCUAACACAUUGUUGCGACAAAUUUUUUCAUAUAAAACUCGCCUUUCAUUUAUCACAUCAACUCUAGAAACGGUUGAAUUUUUUUGGUUGAUUUGGGAAAUAAAUAUCUAUUGACUGAAUAUCCGUAGAAUUUGUAAUAAUAUGGCGUUUAUUACAAAUGUGUAUCAAAACAAGAGAACCCAUUACCUCAACGGUAACCCCGGAACUGAAUCUCUAUCCGAAAAGGGUUUGAACAUCUGCUGGACGUCAUCGCAACUGCCAGUGGGUCCGAGCCCUUUGGUGCUAACGGGUCCCUCAGGAAGUGGCAAAAGUACACUAUUGAAGCGUUUGAUGGACGAGUUCCAGGACUGCUUUGGGUUCAGUAUUUCUCACACCACUCGUAAGCCACGCGCCGGCGAAAUGAACGGAAGGGAAUAUCAUUUCAUUGCUCACAACGAGUUUGAAACAAGUAUUGAAAGACAAGAAUUCCUUGAAUUCACUCAAUUCUCGAAUAACUAUUACGGAACGAGUAAAAAGGCUGUGAAAGACGUUCAGAAUUCUGGAAAAAUAUGUAUAUUAGACGUCGAGAUCGAAGGCGUAAAGAAUCUCAAGAAAACAGAUCUAAAUCCAAGAUUUGUGUUCAUUAAGCCUCCAAAUAUGGAUGAGUUGGAAACCCGUUUGAGAGGUCGCGGCACUGAAAGCGAAGAAGCGAUACAAAAGCGUUUAAAGCGAGCCAUCGAUGAGUUGCAAUUCGCCGAAAGUAACGGCGUUUUUGAUUUGAUGAUAAUUAACGACUCGAUAGACGACGCGUACAAUGAGUUGAAGCAAUUCAUUGUUCAGGAUAUAAAUGCUCUGAAGUUUUCCCGUGGAAUGUGAGCAUUGGUUCAAAACUCAAUUCCAGACAAAAAUAUAAUAAAAAAUAACUAAUAAUACUUUGUUUCAAAUAGUAUUACUUUUUUGAAAGUUAUAUUCUUUUAUGUAUUUCUUUUUUUACAGUAUUUUAUGUAUCAAUUAUUUGAUUAAUUUAUACAAUUUUUCCUAUAUUUAAGUUUAUAUAUAAUUUUCGUGACAAAUGCUAUCAAUAAAUAGCAAAUUCUUAUACUAUUUAUGAUAACAUUCAUAGCAUUAAAUCCAUUUUUAAUAAGAAUUUUAUUUAUUAUGACUUACGUAACAC